UGGGGACCCUAUAACACGGGCUCAUGCGCUGUGCUGCUGCCCAUUCCGAAGACUCUCAGCAGAGAUGAUGCCAGUUUCUUUUCUUCAUCUCCAGUUUUAGCAUUUAUGUUUAGACUUCGGGUGUAAACGCGGCAUUCUUUACUGUAUACAUUUCUAAACAUUUUUGUUGCUUGGUGGAUUACAGGCAGACUAUGGGUGACGUCCGAGACAACGUAAAACCCUUUUGCCAUCUGGGAAUUAUGAACUGACCUUGAUUAUGCCUUGGCACCUGUGAGGACGCGAGGAAGACUUGGGCGCUCACGACCCCUCUCUUGGUGACCAAAACCACUGACGAGUCCUUCUGCAGAGAGGACGAGGCUGCAGCAAUGGAAACUAUUUCCAAUGAAAGUGAUAUCUGGCAACUGAACGAAUCUUGGAGGAACUCCAGCCUGCUGAACGGGACCGGCGGGCUGAAUCAAACGAACCCCCUGAAGAGGAAUGAGGAGGUGGCGAAGGUGGAGGUGACCGUGCUCGCUCUGGUGCUCUUCCUGGCGCUCGCAGGAAACCUGUGCGUCCUGCUGGCCAUCCACACCACCAAACACAGCCAGUCCCGCAUGUAUUACUUCAUGAAGCACCUGAGCAUCGCCGAUCUGGUCGUGGCCAUAUUCCAGGUCCUCCCGCAACUUAUCUGGGACAUCACAUUUCGGUUCUACGGACCAGAUAUGUUGUGCAGGUUGGUAAAAUACCUGCAGGUUGUCGGGAUGUUUGCAUCCACUUACAUGUUAGUUUUGAUGUCCGUAGACCGCUGUCUGGCCAUAUGUCAGCCUCUGCGCUCUCUGCACAGAAGAAAAGAUCGCUUCUACGUGAUAUUUUCCUGGCUCCUCAGCCUGCUCUUCAGCACCCCGCAGAUGUUCAUCUUUUCCCUCAGAGAGGUCGGCUCAGGAGUGUACGACUGCUGGGGCGACUUCGUGAAGCCCUGGGGAGCGAAAGCUUACAUUACAUGGAUCAGCCUCACUAUCUACAUCAUCCCCGUGGCCAUACUGAGCAUUUGCUACGGUCUGAUCAGCUUUAAGAUAUGGCAAAACUUUAAGCUGAAAACCAGACGCGAACAGUGCAUCAGCAUGACCCCCAAAACCUGCAAAAGCAACACUCUGGCCCGGGUGAGCAGCGUGAGGCUCAUCUCCAAGGCGAAGAUAACCACCGUGAAAAUGACUUUUGUGAUUGUGGUGGCGUACAUCGUGUGCUGGACCCCCUUUUUCUCGGUCCAGAUGUGGUCUGCGUGGGAUCCAGCUGCGCCCCGUGAGGCCAUGCCCUUCAUUAUCUCCAUGCUGCUUGCCAGCCUCAACAGCUGCUGCAACCCCUGGAUCUACAUGUGCUUCGCUGGGCAUCUCUUCCACGACCUGAGGCAGAACUUUCUGUGUUGUUCCGCUCGCUACCUUAAGUCAUCCCAGUGCCGCUGUGAGCAUGACUUUGACUCCAGCCACAAGAGCAACUCAUCAACCUUUGCCAUUAAGAGCACCAGCAGUCAGAGGAGCAUCACACAGACAUCCACCACGUAAGCCGCUGGCCUCCUCUUUUUUUUUUUUCCUGCCUCCCAAGUUGCCCACUCAGCCUCUCACUACAUGCUGCUCCCCAUAAAUUUUCCAGCGGUUCGAUUUUUUUUUUUUUUUCAAAA